AGUACAUACAUCUUUAUUAUAAAAGCAAAAUACACAGUACAUUUUGAGACAAAAACACUACAUUUCUAAAUCCAAUACCACAAAAUUCUUUUCAACAGAAUGAUAGAACUGAGAUGUAAGAAUGAAUAAAAGCACAAAGACAGAUAUUUCCUUAUUUAAAGAAAACAUAAUAUAUCAAAUCUUUCGUCAGCUUUCGAAUAUGACGUGUAGUUGUCAUGACAGCCUCUAGCGGUCGUUCGCUCAUAACGGUCCCAGUAACGGUUCUGCAAGAAAACGAUUAUUAAUUGACCGAUUAAACAUGGCAGAUAUGAAGAUUAAUGUGUCUGAGUCAAAUUCGUCCACAAACGGCAGAAAUUUCCCCGCUAGAUUAUGGAAUCUGGCCAACGAUCCCGAAAAAAAAUCUGUCCUCUGGAGCCCGAGCGGAGACGGAGUGAUCAUCAACCAGCAUAAGUUUGAGAUCGAGCUGAUGUCUCCUGAACAAGAGUCCAAAUUGUUCAAGACUACCAACUUCAACAGCAUCGUUCGACAGCUCAACCUGUACGGCUUCAGGAAGGUGACACACGGGCCCAAAGACCCUAACAUUCAUCACUUUCAGAAUACCAACUUCAAAAGGAGUCAGCCAGAACUUUUGCUCAAUAUGAAGAGAUUAACUAUUAUUAAUAAGGCCAAGAUCCUGUUAGAAAAGAAGGUGACAUGUCGAGCACCCAAACCACUUUGUCUAAAAUCUCAGCAAAACACCGCAACUAAGAAAACAGGUUCUGUACAGCACCACAGCACUGACUCCCAUCAGCUGUAUGCGUAUGACCGAACCCCAAUCCACCCCGAUCCUGGAUGUUUCACCACGGUGAUGUAUCCCCGUUCUACACCAACACGGGCUUCCCGUUUUAUUCUUUCAGGGGAUAUCCACCCAACAUUCCUCAUGGGAUUGUGUCUAGUCCCACCACCGUGUUGCUUCAUCAAGAGCCUAAAUACACAUACCCCUCAAACUAUUACCCACCAGCUAUUUGUCAGUAUUUCGGAAGUUGCAUCAUGGAAACAGACAGAACCGUCUCUGAUCAAUAUUCAUAUUCGCGUUACCGUUAUUUCCCGUGAGCCUCAGAACUACAUCCAGACUCAAGCACAGAUUCCAAACAACUGGGAUGAUGCAUACCUUGAGAGAGCGUUUCACAUGGUGGAUGAGAUCCAGAGUUCACCUGAUAUCAGCAUGGUCAGAGUGGGUUCUCCUGUGAAAGCCCACCACUCCUCCGGCUUACCCGAGUCCUCUGAAGCCGGUCUCUACACAUCCCCGGUUGCAUCCAAGCUCGACUUUUUCAGUUCCAAGAGCUUCUCGUCAAGUUCUGUGUUAGAACUGGAUUCCUAUGACAUUGCUUGUGGCGUGAGCACUGCUUACAUCAAAUCAGAGCAAAGAGCCAAUCAAACCAAAGGAGAGUCAGCUGCAUCUUUUCAGUCUCAGGAAAAGGUCUUGGAUUCGUCUGUUAAAGAUCAAAGACCGGACAGGAAAGCAGAAUUCUAGGAAAAUGUUCACUGCAACGGCACGAUGACAAGUGAUGUUCUCCAAAAUAUGCUCAUGACACAUUAAUAUGAAUUUAAAUAUUUAAACAUUUCCUCAAUAUGUUUCCAUGUUAACAAAUCAAAACCAAUAUAAAAGUUUGCAAUUUAUUGUACAAAUUAUAUGAUCUCAAUUUAAAUAAACCACAAAAAAAUGUG